AUGGAGAUCAAAACGAACGACGAACCCUUGACCAAGUCUGCCGUCCUGAGUGCGUGGCAGGUGGUGGCUGCUCAUCCGUUCUUGAUCCUUUUCGUCCUUUUAUUUGUACGACCUCUCUGGAGACGAUAUUCCUCACCCCUACGACAGUUUCCUGGCCCUUUCAUUGCAUCAUGCACUAGAGCAUGGAAGGUCUGGAGUACCUGGACAGGCCACACCGAACAGCAUCACAUCGCUUUGCACCAGAAAUAUGGUCCCGUCGUACGGAUCGCGCCGAACGAGGUUUCCUUCUCCAACCCCGAGGCCGCGAUCGAACUGUUCAAGACCGGGAAAGGCUUCCACAAGACGGACUUCUACGGAGUCUUUCCUCCACCUGAAAACCCCGAUAUCUUCACUGAGACUCGGGAAGCGGUCCAUGGCGUGAAGAAGCGAUACGCAGCAACGCCUUACAGCCUGGCGUCCAUGCAGCAAAGCACGCCCCGCAUCGAGGAGACCGAGAAGCUAUUGCUGUCCAAGCUGGACGAGUUCGCCGACACCAACAAGGUGUGCGACCUGGGCGACUGGCUCCAUUUCUUCGCCUUUGACGUCCUCGGCGAAGUCGCCUUCUCCAAGAAAUUCGGCUUCUUGGAAGCUGGCGUCGACGUGGACAACAACAUCAAGACCAUUGACAACUCACAAUGGUACAAUGGCAUCAUUGGCCAGGUACCUUGGCUCGACCACAUCUUCCGCCGAAACCCGCUCUGGAAUCUGAUUCCCUUCCUGUCGACCAAGAACGCCCUCGUCACGCGGACGGCACUCGGCCAGCUGGAGAAGCGCCAGAAACCUUCAGACGGCGAAAAGGCCGAAUACAAGGAUCUUCUCAACAGUUUGAUCAUCGCCCAACAGGAACAUCCCGAGGCCCUGAGCCACGGGGACGUGUUUGCCAUAGCUCACGGCGCCAUCUUUGCCGGAAGCGACUCGACCGCCAGCACGAUGCAGAGCUUCUUCUGGUACGUCCUGGCGAACAAAAGGGUAUACGAGAAGUUGGUCGACGAAAUCAUGGCGGCCAACCUGUCCGAGAUGGUCCAGUACAACGAAUCCCAAAACAUGCCGUACUUCCAGGCCUGUCUGAAGGAAGCCAUGCGCAUCGCCCCGGCCGUGGGCUUGAACAUCACGAGAAAAGUCCCUCCCGGAGGCGCCGAGAUCGACGGCGUCAAGCUCCCCGCCGGCACAGCCGUCGCUGUCAACGGUUGGGUUCUCCACCGACACAAGGGCAUCUUUGGUGAAGAUGCCGAUGUCUUCCGCCCGGAGAGGUGGCUGGAAGGCGACAAGGAGAAGAUUAAAUUGAUGGAGCGGUGUAUGUUCCAGUUCGGCGGCGGUUCUCACGUCUGCAUUGGUCGACAUCUCGCCCUGCUCGAAAUGAACAAGAUCAUCCCCGAAAUCAUUCGGAGGUACGACAUCCAACUAGUCAACCCCUCGAAGAGACUCGAGCACCAUUCCAGCUUCUUCGUCGUGCAAUGGGGUUUGUUGACGUAUCUGCGGUCACGGGGGAAGGCUUGA